AUAGGUAAUUGUUUUGAUGGUGGACGUCAGAUUUCAUGGGAAAACGUUGUUUAUUUUCUAAGCUUUCUCUCAUGUAUCUGAAGGCAACGUCAACAAUAUGUGGUAUUUGUCAGUAGGGGAUGUUUUGUAGAGUUAUAGCCAGCUAACUCUAGCUAAUGCAUCUCACGGCAGGUAAUGUUAGCUAGCUAAUGUUAACUGUCAGUCUAGCUAGCUGGGUGAGUAGUUAGCCUAGCAUCGUUAGCUUGUUUCCAGCGACGCAGUCUAACAAAGCAGUCUUUAUCCAAAACGGCUAGCGAAUAUGUACGUUACUUUGUAGCUACCUACCUAGCACAGCUGUGGUCCUUCUCUACAGCGUAUUUGUAUACAGAUAGCUAGCUAACGUUAGUUACCAUGGUUUAUUGCCUAGCAUUGCUAGCUAGCCAGCAAAAUGGGUUAGGUUGUGGUGUUGACCAAACGAAGCUCUCAGUUAUUGAACGUGAUUUCUAAACUGCCAAUCAUAACCAGACACCCCAGUUGAACCAGAAGUCUCUAGCUACCAUAUGGUUUAUCCAGCUAACAUUAUCUAGUUAGCAUUGCUGCAAUCCAAUCAGGGAUCUCCCAAUAACGUCAUGCCAUGGUGCUAAGAAGGUUACUGAGAAAACGUUGGGUGCUAGGUGUGGUGUUUGGACUGUCUUUGAUCUACUUCCUAACCAGCACCCUGAAACAGGAGGAGAGAACCAUACGGGAUCGUAACCUGUUGGAGGCCAGGGACCCGGAUCACCGGAUCCCAUGGAAAGUCAGGUUCAGCCUGGGCAACAGUAGCAGGCAGAUCACUCAGUGCCGGAACUCCAUUCAGGGCAAAACGCUGCUCACAGAUGAACUGGGUUAUGUGUGUGACAGAAAUGAUCUGCUGGUGAAUGGCUGCUGUAAUGUCAAUGCCCCCAGCUCAAGACAGUACAUUUGUAAAAGCUGUCUGGCCAAUGGCUGCUGCAACAUCUACGAGCACUGUGUGUCCUGCUGCCUCCAGCCUGAUAAGCAACCUCUUCUAGAGAGCUUCCUGAACAGAGCUGCAGAUGGCUUCCAGAACCUAUUCACAGCCGUGGAGGACCACUUUGAGCUGUGUUUAGCCAAGUGUCGGACUUCAUCGCAGAGUGUCCAACAUGAAAAUACCUACAGAAAUCCACAAGCAAAAUACUGUUAUGGAGAAAGCCCACCUGAACUCCUGCCUAUAUGAUUGUUUUGUACCUACGAGACUGUAUAGAAACUAAUAACGGUCCUCUGGGACCUACAAGACUGUAUAGAAACUGAUAACGGUCCUCUGGGACCUACGAGACUGUAUAGAAAUGAAUAACAGUCCUCUGGUACCUAUGAGACUGUAUAAAAACUAAUAACGGUCCUCUGGGACCUACGAGACUGUAUAGAAACUGAUAACGGUCCUCUGGGACCUAUGAGACUGUAUAGAAAUGAAUAAAGGUCCUCUGGGACCUACGAGACAGUAUAGAAACUAAUAACGGUUGUCUGGGACUUACGAGAAUGUAAAGAAAUGGUCCAACUAAGAGCCAAGAGACACACCUUGAUGCUCCGUGGGACGACCGAAUUCCCCUUCGUCUUGUGUCGACAUAAUGGCCUUGAAACGUCUGACACCAUACGGUGCUUAACAGAUGGGAGCCACCAAACCCUGUAUAGAGGGGAUUUGACUGACAAUAACAGACGCCAUGUUGAAACUUUUGAUAAAGUAAUGUGAGUAACAGUCUCUACAUAUGGCUCUGAAGAACACUAUCGUAACCUCACAACAAUGGACAAAUACUGUGAUAUAUAUGUGAUAUAUAUUAUGUGAUAUAGCUAUAUUAUUUACACUUCAUAAGUGCAUAGCUUCAUAACUUCAUCAGUGAUGAUCAUCAGGUCUCAUUCGCUCUUUAGACCAGUUAGGAUUCACCUCAUGCUGCCGUUGUUCCACAUUAUGGUCAUGUUCAUUAGGGCACGCAACAGAAAAUGUUUAAAAAUGUUUGAGUCUCCCAUGUUUUAGUCUGUUUUCUUUUGUUUGGUGCAAAAUGAACACGACCCAUGUUAUAAAGGUCUGUAUUUAAAGCCUGACGAUAUACUGAAGGUUGAUAUCGGUUGUUUAGUCCUUACUAUUGAAUAUGAUAACAGAUGUGUCUUUACUUUUGUGUGUUGUCGUGCAUGGAUAUUGACUGACUGGUUAUUUAAUAAAGUGACUGUGAAAGUAA